AUGCCCGGAUGGGAGGUGGCCAAGGCCAGAUCAGGUUAUCUCGAGAGCCCGCGUUCAGAGGUGGUCAAGGCCAGAUCAGGCUAUCUUGAGAGCCUCACCGUGAAUGAAGCAGAAUAUAACGGCCUGAUCCUGGGGUUAGACAUGCUAGAGGACCUAGAUCGCAGACGCCUGGUGGUCUGCGGUGAUUCCAACUUAGUGAUCCGACAAGUACGGGGUGAGAUCGACGGACUGACGCUAUUGAAGCGGAAAACCCUCGAUCGCCUGAGGAAAUGGAGGGAUCAUGAGUUGGUGCACGUCAAGAGGGACUGGAACGGAAGUGCCGACAGUCUAGCAUGCGCCGCUUUGCAACGACAAAGGGGGAUCAAGAUCCAGGAGGGCUCCGGGUACCAGGAUCUGGUCACCUUGAACCAGUUAGACGAAAUCUUGAUCCCCAAGACCGAGAAUCCAGUGGUGCGAGUUGCUGCGGUCGCCACUCGAGCUGGUCGAGCAAGACCACCGGCGGGUGUCAUGAAAGAGGGUUUGAUCCGCGAAAUCCGAAUCGAUCGGAUUAAGCAGGCUCAAGAGGAGGAAGUCUGGAUUGCCGGCAUGAAGAGGUAUCUGAGCGGCUCGAUCGCAGAUCUCACCCAAGCGGAAGCAAGAUCGUACGGCAAGAUCGCGACUGACUACGAGGUGGACGAGCAGGAUCUACGUUUUACUACCCCCCGCGCCGAGUCCCCGAAACGUUGCAACCGGACGUCUUACAUCACUAUCACACCACGUUGGAAGGAGGACAUCAGGGAGUGGGACGAACCUACCAGUGGAUCAGGGAUCACUUCCAUUGAAGAGGAUUAUACCGAAGCGUCCAGCGAUAUGGAAUGCGUGGAUUGCGAAACAGGAAAAGGGAAACCGGUGAUCCGGGGCGAAUCACCUGGAAACUUGCAGGCGACAUACCCGUUCCAGAUCAUUGCGAUGGAUCACAUACCGUCGCUACCCAGAUCACACAAAGGAAACACUGAGAUAUUGAUCUGGGUCGAUCUGUUCACGGGAUAUGUGAUCGCGAAAGCCAGCUCGUCUCGAUCGGCCCAGACGGUUGCAGAAUCGUAUGAGGAGUGUGUAUUUCGGCGAUUCGGUGGCAGUGAGAUGAUUCGACAUGAUCGAGAACCCGGCUUCAUGUCCGAUUUUUUCCGGGCGUUUAACAAGAUCUUGCGACAACGGCAGCGAGCGACGAUGGCAUAUCGUCCACAGGCUAACGGGACGCUGAGAGAAUGGUGCAGACCGCGACCAGAUCGCUCAAGCUGUACGUCCGCGAUCUUGAUUAGAAGGAUUGAGAUGAAUAUGCUGAGCGCCUCACCUUCGCGAUCAACACGGCUCACGAUCGGAUCCGAGGAGAUAACCCUCACUAUUUGGUACAUGGGUGGGAUCCGAGAACGACAUUGGAGGCUACACUGUCGGUCGGAUGUGCGAGAUGGCGUGGUCGAGACGCGCGACGAUAGCGAUAUCGAGUCCAGCGAUACUAUCAACAAUCCCGGGAACAAGUCAAUACUAGAUUGA